CUCACGACGUCCAGACUAUAACAGAAUUUUAUUGGUGUCUUGGCUGGAACGCUUGUUAAAGACAUUUUUAUAUGGAGUGUCAGCAACCACAGGAGAUGUGGUAGGCUGCUUAUCCAUGGUACUUUUUGUAUCGUCUGAAAGACAUUGACUUGUGAAGAGAUUUUGUAAUAUAUGUGGAUGUGUAUAUAAGUUAUUUCAUCCACAGACAUAAUUUAUUACUUGUAAAUAGUUUCUGAAACAUGAUGAAGACGGCAGUUAUGGUUAUGGUGGCGUGUAUAGUGUGCCAUGGAGUAGAUAACAUAGUGAAAAAUAACAUUACUCUAGUACUGCCAGAUGGGCGCCUGGUGCCUUGGUGGCCGGCAGUUACCAGUGUUUCUGGUGACCCAGCCUCAGGCAUCAAAGUCAGAAUUACUACCAAGGUAAACCUCGCACACAACAGACAGACUUCUUCCGUCGACAUUCCUAUCAAGAAAGUGGGGGUAAUGCGAGAUGAACAAAUAGCUGGAACUGAAGAUAGAGGCGAUGAUAGCGAGGAGAUUAAAGAUCAUAUAAAGAAGCCCUGUGUAACUUGUGGGAAGACUUGCACAGAUGAGAAGAAUGACUCCGGCAAACCAGGAGUGAGGGUGCCCACUGUGGUGGUGUGGGACACCUCCACCAGUCAGUACACGGGUCUCAAUCUUAGUGUCAUCGAGCGAGGCAGUUUCAACACCCCGUCAUACCACAUAUACUACAAGAACGAGGAUGGGCCGCUGUCUCCAUUCCAUGAUAUCCCACUUUUUUCUAAUGAAGGAAACAAGAUUUUCAAUAUGGUGGUAGAGGUGCCACGCUGGACCAAUGCAAAGAUGGAGAUAGCUACGAAGGAGCCCUUGAAUCCUAUUAAACAGGAUGUGAAGAAGGGUAAACUUCGUUUUGUUGCCAACUGUUUCCCUCAUCAUGGCUACAUCUGGAAUUAUGGUGCCCUUCCCCAGACUUGGGAGGACCCCAGCCACAUAGACGAAGCUACCGGCUGCAAGGGUGAUAAUGACCCUAUAGAUGUGUGUGAAAUUGGCUACCGUGUUGCCAAGAGGGGCGAGGUCAUUCAAGUUAAGGUGCUGGGGACUAUAGCCCUAAUUGACGAAGGAGAAACAGAUUGGAAGCUCAUUGCCAUUGAUGUUAACGAUCCCUUAGCACCACAGCUGAGUGACAUAUCUGAUGUGGAGAAGCACAUGCCUGGCUUCUUGAAAGCCACUGUGGAAUGGUUCAGGAUCUACAAGAUACCAGAUGGAAAGCCUGAAAACCAGUUUGCAUUUAAUGGAGUGGCGAAGGAUAGAGACUUCGCUCAUAAGAUAAUCAUGGAGACCCAUGAAGCAUGGCAAAAUUUAGUAGAGGGCAAAUCUGAUGCUGGUGGACUGAGUACCAGCUGUGUUUCUGUUCCAAACUCGGCAAGUAAACUUUCUGUACCUGAAGCACAGAGUGUUGUGGAAGAAUCUCCUGAACCAAGCCCUGGACAGCCUUUGGAUCCUAAGGUUGACCUCUGGCACUACAUCAGUCUCAAGUGAAAUGGAUCUCCCAGUUGUGAUAUUUCUCAAUUGAAUACUUCCCUAAUCAGAAUAAUUUCCAGUCUGUGAUGCCCACCUUUGCUCUUAUCCUCACAAAUUGUUAAUAUCCACUUGGCUUGACAGUACACAAGUGUUGUAUAGUAUUUAAUAUAGAACUACCCAUUCUGAUUUAUCUUGAUUUUGCAUUUCAAAAUUUUUGUUGUUGAAGCAACAGGUAUUCUAAUGUAUGGAUUAGAGUAUAACAGAACAUAAUGAAGUUUAAGUAUGCUCUAAUCUUAUUCCUCUGAAUUUUAUUAAUAUAAUAAAUUUUAGUUAUACUGUAA